AUGUUGGAUAACGUUGAAUUCAUUAAAACUCCAGAGGUUCCUCCACCUCCACCAUCUACUGAUGAAACUGGUGUUUUAACCACAUCAUCUCCAGCAAUUCAUAAUGCUCCUUUACCAGCCGAUGGUCCUGGUUCCAAGCAUUUCAGUAAUCUCCUUUUAAUUGGUCUUAUUACUGUCAUUCCUUAUUAUAUUACUAGAAAAUUAGGUUUAGGAUUUUAUACUUGGAUAUUCUUUACUUUAUUAUUAUUCCUUCCAAUCUUAAUGGGAUUUUGGACUGUAUUUUCCACUUUCUCUCCAAGAAUCAAUCAAAAGGCUAAAUAUCCAAAUAAACCGAUUUCUCAUUAUUUAGAAUAUCAUACUCCUGAAUUAAAAGCUCAAUAUGAAACUUCAAAUAAUGGUCAAGGUACUAAAAUUCCAAUUGAAACUUUCCAAGAAUUAUAUUUCGAAGGUAAAGUUAGUUUCAAAGGUGAUUGUUUAGAUGUUAUGGAAUAUAAACAUGAUUGGGCUAAUUUCCGUUUUACCCUUUCAUUAUUUAGAUUCUUUUUAUUAGGUAUGAUUCCGGAAGUUAUUAUGCAUUCUAAAUCUCAAGAUGAAGAACAAGUUAGAGAACAUUAUGAUAGAGGUGAUGAUUUCUAUACUUGGUUCUUAGGUCCAAGAAUGAUUUAUACUUCUGGUGUUAUUAGUGAUAUUACCAAAGAAGAAAGUUUAGAAGAAAUUCAAGAUAAUAAAUUAAAAAUUGUGGCUGAUAAAAUUGAUCUUAAAAAAGGUGAACAUGUUCUUGAUUUAGGUUGUGGUUGGGGUACUUGGUCUACUUAUGCUUCAUCUCAAUAUGGUGCUAAUGUUACUGGUAUUACUUUAGGUAAAAAUCAAACUAAAUGGGGUAAUACUUUAUUAAAUAAAUAUGGUGUUGAAUCUGAUCAAUCAAGAAUUGUUUGUGUUGAUUAUCGUGAUGCUCCAAAAUCUCAAAAGGAAAAUGGUAAAUAUGAUAAAAUCACUUGUUUAGAAAUGGCUGAACAUGUUGGUAUUAGAAGAUUUUCUGCCUUUUUAGAACAAGUUCAUGAAUCCUUAGAAGAUGAUGGUUUAUUCUUUUUACAAUAUGCUGGUUUAAGAAAAAAUUGGCAAUAUGAAGAUUUAAUCUGGGGUUUAUUUAUGAAUAAAUAUAUUUUCCCUGGUGCUGAUGCUUCAACUCCAUUAAGUUUUGUUGCUUCAAGUUUAGAAACUGUUGGAUUUGAAAUCGUUAGUGUUGAUAAUAUUGGUGUUCAUUAUUCUACUACUCUUUGGAAAUGGUAUAGAAACUGGUUAGGUAAUAAAGAUAAAGUCGUUAAUAAAUAUGGUAUUAGAUGGUUUAGAAUUUGGGAAUAUUUCUUAUCUUCAUCCGUUAUUGCUUCAAGAAAUGGUACUGCUACUUGUUAUCAAUUCAUCUUAAGAAAGAAUAUCAAUUCUUAUAGAAGAGUUGAAUAUAUUCCUAAACAAAAGGGUUUAUUAGGUCCUCUUGAAGAAGGUACCAAAUGGGCUAAACCAUAA